GACAGUCACAUGUGAUCAUUUUUUACUGGAAGUUAGUAGUGUGUGUGUAUUUCGUCAAUAAAUUUUAUUUUCUGGUAAACUUCUAAAAUAUCUAGUUUCUCGCGAAGAGAUUGUUAAUUAAAACAAUUUCCCAACUAGUAUAUAUCAUGGAUUUCCAUUCAAUUAUAAAUGCAGCGAAGCAAAAUGUCGCGGAUCCAAAUAGUCGGAAUAGCAAUUAUUAUAAAACAAAGUUUGAGGCACCAAAAAAGACGACUAAAGAGAAGAAAUUGUCGUCUGGAAUUAGAAAAUUCCUCGAAAGCCAAAAAGUCAAGGAAGAAGAGAAGAUUCGCGAAGCUCAUGAGAAGAAAAUGGAACUGAUGGCACGUAGAGAUCCCAAAGAGCAAAGAAAGAUUGAGAAGUCACUAAAAGUUAUUAAAUCCAGUAAGAAAUAUUAUACAGGCGAUAAGGAACUAGACGAAAAUACUGAAAUAACAUUAGAAAAGAGUAUAGGCGAUAAUGACGAUUAUGGAUUCGAGAAUAAAUCCAGUGAAGCAAUAUAUUUAAAGCUUAUGGAACAGUUCAACAAGAUGCCAACCGAAGAUAAGUUUGAAAAGUUCAUGAAUCCCAAGAAAGCAAAAAGCAGUGCUAAUAAUCAACCAGCUAAUGAUGAUGAAAAUGGAGAUGAAUAUCAUAUAAAAACUGGUCAUCGACAAAGAGUUUCUAAAAUUAAGAGUGAAGGCAUUAGUCAGCCCAAAGUUAAUAAGAAAUCCCAGCCGUCACAGCCAUCAACUAGUUCUAGUAGUUCACCGCAAAGUUCGUCAAAAAGAAUAGCCAGAUUCAGUAGUACAACUAAGCAUGAUAAUGCUAAGGUCAAUCAACCAGUAGAAAAGCCCAAACCAAAACUUCGUCCAGCGCCAAUUGUGAACUUUGAACAGCUAUUAAAACUUGCUGAACAGAAACAACAUGAGGAUAUAGUCAUUGAAAUGCCAUCUAAAAAGGAACCGGAAAGAUUAUUAACAAUGAAAGAGAAAAGAGAACUGGAAGAGCUUGAAGCUUCUCGAAAAGGAAAGCUUAAAGGAAAUGGAGCAAUUCAAAAAAUACCUAAAUUAGGUGCAAUACCAAGACUUAAUGAUUCAUCGAAACAGGAUCGAAAUAAUAAUAGUGAUAAAACGCCUCAAAAAUUGCCAUUAAAUGACAAGCGAAUUGAGAAAAGUGAUAGUAAAGUUCCUUUCCGUUCGGACGAAAAAUCUAGUAAGCAAAUUCCCUUAAAAUCUUCAACAAGUCCGCAGUCGUCGGGCUCAAAACUUCGUGAUGCCUUAGUUAAGAGAGAUGAAAGGACUUCAAACUCAUCGCCAAUAUCCUCAAAAGUUCAACAGAAGCAACAAGUGCCACAAUCAUCAAAGCCACAAGUAAAUGGAAAUGGUAUCAAAUCGAAAGAAUCUUCUUCAAAAGGAAUCAUGCCAAGUAGCUCAAAAAUGCCCCCUCCUAUGCCUAAAAGUGGCAUUUCUAGUACAAUGAAUGGUAAAUCUCGAUUGGCACCCUCGAAAGAGCCAAUUAGAGCAAUAAGAGAUUUUCCACCUAAGGACUUGAUGCGAUCACGCGAAUUUCCACCUAGAGACCUAAUCAGAACACGUGAAUUUCCUCCAAAAGACGUUAGGCGAUUAAAGAAGCCACCACGUGGCAUGAAGAUGAAAAUGAAAUUGCCAGUCAAACGUCGCAUAGAAGACGAAGACACGGAUUCAGAAUAUGACUCAGAAAUGGAUGAUUUUAUCGAUGAUGAUGACGCUGGCAAUGAUUAUUCAAGUGAAAUUCAAAAGAUUUUCGGAUAUGAUAAGUCGAGAUAUCGCGAUGAAGAUUUCGACGACCGAGAAAUGGAAUCUGAUUAUAGAACAGUCAUGCGAGAAGAAUUUAUUAGUAAAAAGUUGGGUCUACAAGAGGAUCUCGAGGAUAUGAAAAUGGAGGCUGAGGAGAAAAAAAGGAAAGAAAUGAUGAAGAAGAAAAGAAGAAAAAUGUAGAAUUAAAAAGUUUUUAAGCUUCAAAAAUUGAAUUUUUUAAGACAUUGGGACCAUUUUAUGUUAUGUAUGCUCUUUUUUACCAUUAUUUAAUGCUUGUUUUAAUUAUAUAUUUACGAUAACAGUGAUCAUUAUGAAUUAUUUUAAUAAUUUAAUUUAAUUUUUUUGAAAUAAAGUUUAACAUUAAUGAAAUAGAUUUUAAUACAGCAAUAACUUGCAUGUGUUUGACACACCUUUUAAUAUCUUCUGGAUUAUUUAAUUACUUGCAAUCAGUCGUUAUUUUCUGCAUCUGAUUCAUAAUCUCUUCUGUUAUUUCGUCAGCACCAGGAAUUUCCAACUGUACCCAAGAAUCCUUUGUACUUUGUAGCUUAUCGUCACAAAUUGGGCAAUUCUUUUUGCCUUCAUUCCAUUGUUCUAUACAUGGUGCACAGAAACUAUGAAGGCAUGACAGAAUGACAUCAGGCUUUCGUUCUAGACAAAUUAUACAUUCAUCAAGAUAGUCAUCAUCAGAUUCAUCGAAUGUGAACUUUGGGUCACUGUCGAGCUGAUUGAAUAUGCUGGAUGGAUAGAAAUUUGCCGGACUGGAACUAGCUGAUCGUUGUCGUUCUUCUAUAGCCUCAAUAGCUUCGAGAUUAGUGACCAUUGUAUUAAAAAUGUGAAGGAACUGUUUGAGAUUUAUCAUCUUUAUGUUUGAUAUUUUCCUAGAUUCUGGAUUGAUUGAAACGCACGCAAUUUUAAUCGUCGCUUUCCACAAAAAAUGGAACUGAUCAGAGCCUUUGUUUAUCGCAAAUACCAAUUGAUUGCCAUCCUUAUCAAUACAUUUUCUAGAUAAUUCAUUCAACUCAUCUAUGCUCUCCUUAAAAUUUUCAUAUGUUAAGUCGUUAAAGUCGGAAAAAAUCUUUGAAUGCUUUUUAAUUUGGAAUUGAAUUGUGUCAAUUGUAUCGGGAAUGAAGUCUUUACAUGCCGAUGUCUGAGAUUGCCCCAUUAUAUCCUUUAAAUUGCAAUUCCUUUACUAAAAAAAUAUUUUUUUUUCACUUCUAUCAAAUUACGUUGUUCUCUUUAUCAGCAC